GUCGCCUCUUGGGGAUACGGCGAAGAGAAACUGCAAUUGAACGCCACGAAGAAGCCCUAUCUCCAACAUUAUUCAGCAAACGAGGAGUGGGCUUUGCAUGACGUCAGCAUCAGACAAGACCAUUACGAUCACGAAGGAAUGAUUGUAAAUGAGGCACGUUAUGUGGUUGUGAUAGCACGGAAACCUUUCUACUACUUGAUUAGCCUCGUGCUACCAAGUUACAUCAUAUGCAUGCUGUCAAUAGCCGGGCUGUUUGCGAGAUUUUCCACAAAGCACGAACGACAGGAGCGAUUCACCCUUGGAGUCACCGCAAUUCUCAGUAUGGCCGUGUUGUCACUCGUUAUCACAGAGAAAGUGCCGCAUACCUCGGAAGGAGUUCCACUGUUGGGU